AUGGAGGCUUCUAUUGUGCCUGCCCACCUGGUUACCACAGUUAUGAUAGCAAACCUGAACAUGGGAAUAGGAAUAACUGUUGUUCUUCUCAUCCUACUUGCUGUUGGCUUCUGGUUGCAUCGGCAACUUGAGGAAAGAAAGAAAAACAAACUCAAGCACAAGUUCUUCAAGAGGAAUGGUGGUCUCCUAUUGCAACAGCAAAUCACUUCAAGUAGUAAAGGAAGUGUUGAGAAAACAAAACUCUUUGCCAUAGAAGAGUUGAAGGCAACAGACAACUUCAAUGCAAGUCGAGUUCUUGGCAAGGGAGGUCAUGGGACAGUGUAUAAAGGGAUGCUAUUGGAUGGAAGCAUAGUAGCCAUUAAGAAGUCAAUCAUAGUUGACGAGAGGCAAGUAGUUGAGUUUGUCAAUGAAGUUUUCAUUCUUUCACAGAUUAACCAUAGACACAUAGUGAAGUUGUUAGGUUGCUGUCUAGAGAGCGAAGUUCCUUUACUAGUUUAUGAAUAUGUGUCCAAUAGCACUCUCUCUCAUCAUCUCCAUGAUAAGAACCGUGAAUCAAAAUUAUCUUGGGAAAAGCGCCUCCGAAUUGCUGAUGAAAUUGCAGGAGCCCUUGCUUAUUUGCAUUCCUAUGCUUCUCCAGCCAUCCUUCAUAGGGAUAUCAAGUCCAGCAAUAUACUGUUAGAUGAGCACUUUAGGGCUGUGGUUUCUGACUUUGGACUUUCCAGGUCAAUAACCCAUGAAAAAACACACUUGACCACAUUAGUGCAGGGCACAUUUGGUUACUUGGAUCCAGAGUAUUUUCGAUCAGGCCUGUUUACGGAUAAAAGUGAUGUGUACGCCUUCGGGGUAGUGCUUGCUGAACUUUUGACAAGUGAAAAAGUCAUUUGUUCUAGUAGAUCUGAAGAAAGUCUAGCAACUCAUUUUAGAUUGGCAAUGAAACAGAAUUGCCUGUUUGAAAUUCUGGACAAGGAAAUCCUGGAUGAAGGUCAGAAAGAGGAGAUUCUUGCUGUUGCUAGGCUUGCUAAGAUAUGCCUCAAGUUAGGUGGGAAGAAAAGGUCAACCAUGAAAGAAAUAGCAGCAGACCUCGACCGAUUAAGGAGGACUGUGGAGCAGCAAUCACUUCAACGGACUUGUCAGGACAACUCCUCUGUAAGUGUAAGGUCAUAUACUUAUGCAUCUACUAGUACAGUUACAGAAGAGUAUAUACUUGAAGACGAGGACUAUCCAAAACCAUACCGCAUGACUACUUAAAGCCUCAGCUAGAUAUCAAAAGGUUUGUGAAACCAAAUUCAUGUAUGGUUCUGCUGUCCACUUUAUCUGAUGGUUGGGAAGAUUUUCAGCCUCUAUGACUUUGAUUCUACGUGUUCAAAGUUGUAGUCCUUAAUAUGUACAUAUAGCA